AUGGAACAGCGAGAGCUGCCUGUGCUUUUGGUUAAUGAGGUGGGCGGUGUAUGCGGCGUGCUGGAGGCUCAUGUGGAAUUCUUGAAGAAACACUUUCACCUUAUCACCAUGAAGGAAUUUCUCAAAAACAAAAAACAUUGGAGCAAAAAGGUACAAGCUAUUUAUUUGUGUUGGAACAAACCAGUCAUUGACCGGGAACUCCUUGAGAGCCUGCCUGACUUAAAGGUGAUUGCAAAUUCAGGUGCAGGAAUGGAUCAUUUGGAUCUGAAACUAAUCUCUAACUUUGGAGUGAAAAUGGCUAAUGCUCCACAUGCUGUUUCCAGCUCCACAGCAGACACUGGAAUGGCUUUGCUGCUGGCAUCUGCUAGAAGACUGGUGGAAGGCUGUCAGAUUGCAGUUUCCCCAGACACUGAGUGUUUUGCUGCUGGCUGGCUGGGAGAUGAAGUCACUGGGGCUACUCUUGGUAUCAUUGGAAUGGGCAGAAUUGGGUAUAAGAUUGCACUGAGGGCCAAAGCUUUUGAAAUGAAAAUUCUGUAUCACAACAGGAACCGGAGAACUGAGGAAGAGGAACAGGCUGUUGGUGCCAUUUAUUGUACAAAGAUAGAAGACUUGCUCCAGCAGUCAGACUUCGUGAUGCUGGUCGUGAGCCUGACACCGCAGACACACAAACUGAUUGGGAAAAGGGAGUUAGAGUUGAUGAAACCCACUGCUACUCUCAUUAACAUCAGCAGAGGUCCAGUAGUAGACCAAGAGGCACUGGUGGAAGCUCUUCAGACUGGCGUUAUCAAGGCUGCAGCUUUGGAUGUCACUUACCCUGAACCACUGCCCAGAGAUCAUCCAUUAUUAAAACUAAAGAACAUUCUUAUAACUCCUCACCUUGGCAUUAAAACAGACAAGACCACUCGCAUGAUAACGGAGGAAGCAGUUGCAAAUAUACUGGCAGCUCUUAAUGGUCUCCCUAUCCCCAAUGAAGUGUUUCCCUAGCUGAGAUAUAUUAAAGGACACAGCUAUAAAAGAACAUUAUUCUACAACUCUCCUUACAGAAAUGAAGACUUGCUACUACAGAUGUGUGAAACCUUUGACUUGAACCUCAACCUCAGCCUUGAUUUUGGUUUGCAAAUAAAUAAUAGCUCUUAUAUCGCAUUUUCAUCAGUAGAUCACAAAGUACACUCCACAAUUGAGGUCAGAAUCAUUACUCCCAUUUUACAGAUUGGGAAAUUGAGGCACAGAGAGGAGAAAUGACUUGCCCAAUGGCAGAGCCAGGAACAGAAUGCCGAUCCCCUCAGUCCCAGUCUAGUGUUCUAUCCUCUUGUCUAAAUGUAGAUACAACUGUAAAUGGUUUCCAUAUCUUAUUGUUCACUUUGUAAUUUGUCACAGCUGGACACAGGCUAAAUGGAUCUAUGAAAACAUUGACUGCUGCUGAUUGUUGGUGUGCUUAUAGUUCUAACAAUGUUCUCUGGGGGAGAUUAAAUAGGGCACUCACAUAAUAUUUUCUAAUAUGUUAAUUAGCUUACUUCCAAGUCUGGUGAAUAUGCCAGACCCUGUUGAAAUCCCACCUAGUCUGUCAUUUUGCACUGGUUUUUUAAUAUGGAAAAACAAGUUUAUUCAAAUCCAAACUUAUCUAAAUUUUAGAGCCAUCAAAAUAUGUACUCCAGGAGACUUCAAUUGCCAUUUUAAAUUGAUAUUACACGAGAUAAAAUUUCCCAAAUUAUGCCAAUCUCAGAGACUUUAAGAAAUAGUAUUUCCAUAGAAGAGAGAGGCAAUUAAGGCCUUUCAAUGGGGAAAUGCAGCUGGCUUUGAUGGGUUUAGCACUGAAUUUUAUAUGUCAGCUCUUAAAGAAAAUGUUUUAUAAAGGCUUGCAAGAAGAAACAACUCCAAUCCGCUCUAGCUGAGGCCUAAAUAAUACUUACUCAUAAAACAGGAAAAGACACUCCAUUACAUGUCUUCUACAUACCAAUAGCCAUACUUAAUAAAGAUAUGAAAAUAUUGGCCAAUACCCUCAUGCUUGGAUUAGAGAGCUCUCUCAUAAUUCAAUAUUGUCCACAAUUAAUUAACACAGACAGAGGCUUCGUGCUCAUCUACAGAUUGUCCAGUAAUCUCAGAAGAGUUGUUUAUCUAAUUCAUUAUUCAGUGUCACCAAAACCUUCACCCAUAUAAUAUCUAUGGAGACAUAAAAAGCCUUUUCAUAGAUCAGCCUUCUUUUUAGUUAUUACAUCAAUUUGACCUUGGCAAAAUGUUGAUUAGAACUCUGAGCCCCAAAAAAUCAGCUCCUUCUGCCUCGUUUAUAGACAAUAGCUAGAGAUAUCUCCUCUCCCUAGUGAUGUUUGUUCUUGUUAUUGAAUAUCAAAGAUUUUUAGAAGCAGUAAACAAACUAAAUGCAUACAGAUUGGCAAGAUAGAGGAAGAAGUUGUGCUAUG